UGAGCACGUCCGAGUGCAGGUGGGGGCUCCCGCCUCGCCAGCUUGUCGCUUAGAGACGAGAGGCAACGCCGAGCGCGCGCAUACGCAAGCAGAAGAAGGGAGAUACGACGAAGAACGCGCUGGGACGGCGGCCGUUAUCCGGACAGAAAGCGGACGAACAAGGCGACCUGGAGGAGAAGGGUUUUGCUUUUCUGUAGUUCCAUUCGGUUCAUGUUGCUUUCUUAAGGUAGGACCGAACAUCGCGUCGGGGGUAAUUAACCAUCCAUCGGCGACAAAGUGCACACCAUCCCUUGGUGGAGCCGAGCUUGUCGGUACUUGCAUAAUAAAGUAAAACUGACAAACAGAAAAGGAAAAUGAAACAUUUUCUCAGGACACUGGUUCAGUUUUUCCUCUUCUUCUAUUGUAAAUGCCUUUGGCGGUGUCUGAAGUUUGUCCUGAGGAAGGUGACUGGACGAUGUGAACUUCAACGAAUUUGUUACUCUAAUAAACCAGGGGCACGUAGAACACUAAAGAUUGAGUCUUCUCUUCGCUUCUCUAAAAAUGAGCUGUUGCAGAAGGCAGUAAGUGCCCAUCCAGAUGCUGUCGAGAAAACUACAGAGGAUAUCAUGAAGUUGAAAAGGAUUAACCCAGAUACCAAUCCUCAACUGGGAAUAUCUUUGCAAGCUAGCCUUUUGCAGAUUAUUGGAUAUCGAAAUUUGAUUGUUGAAGUUGAAAAGCUGCGGAGAGAAUCAUAUGAUUCUGAGAAUCCAGAGCAUGAAAAGAUGCUGCUGAAGCUCUGGAGUUCUCUACGACCUGAUACAGCUCUUAAAGGCCGCAUCACGAAACAGUGGUGUGAAAUUGGUUUCCAAGGCGAUGACCCUAAAACAGAUUUCAGAGGAAUGGGAUUGCUUGGUUUAUAUAACUUAGUCUACUUUGCAGAAUAUGACAGUGUCACCUCUCAACAGUUAUUGCAUGAUUCUCUUCAGCCAAAAUACAGUAAGAUGGACAAGCUUGAGUGGGAAAAGAAAAAGUUUGAUAAAGCUAUCGGAUAUUCAUUUGCCAUUGUUGGAAUAAACAUAACUGAAUUGGCCUACUCUUUACUUGUAAGUGGCGCACUAAAGACACACUUGUACAAUGUUGCACCUGAAGCCCCAGUGCUGGCACACUUUCAACAGACAUUCUGUUACCUCAUGCAGGAAUUUCACACAUUUUGGAUGGAAGAAGAUCCAUGCGAUAUCAUGGAGUUCAAUAGAGUGCGCAGCAAGUUUCAUAAGCGGAUCCUGAAACAGCUGCGGAACCCCGACACAGCUCUCUGUCCACACUUCUCAGCUUCGGAUCAUUUGAUCAAUCUGUAGCUGCUCUCUUGAGCCAUUCACUCAAGCACCACUUGUCUUGUUGCACAUUUAUUUGGACCACUAUGACUGUCACGUUGAACAUGCAGCCUUGAUGUUCACCAGCACAUUAAAUGGCCAUGGCGAAUGUAUGCAUGCCAUCAAUUCAUGUCAUGUGACAGCUGUGUUUGAACCCUCUCUCAUUCACCACAUGCAGUCACUGACAUUGAUGUUUCAUUACAUAUCAGUUUUGUUUUUUUUUCUGAGAGAGGGUGUGAAGACUGACCAGUUACUUGAAAUGUUGCUGCAAGCCUGCAGUGCUACUAUACUCAAACUUACUGUAUAUGUUUUUAUAUUUUUAUAAUCAUUUUCCAUACCAUCAUCAUUUUUAAUGGUGGGUUGGGGAGGGUGGGGCAAGUGUUGUAAAUAAUUUAACUAUAAAGCUGUGUAUAGUCUUUUAAAGCCCUUAAAAUUCUUACAGUUGCACAACCAUAUAGGUGUAGAAAUUGAGAUAUUUGCUACUUUCAUUCAUUUUGAAAAUGCCUCAGGAUGCAUGUAAUAAAUUAUCAAAAGCGAGUUCACAAUAAUGUUUAAAUAUUUCUCUUUUCUUAUAUAAUAUUAGUAUGUAAAGCUUGCUGUAAUAGUGUUGUGCUGCAAGCUGUAGUACGCAAAGCUCUAGUAACUGCUAGAUGUUUAUUUUCUAUCUGAAUGCUCUUUCUGAAUUAUUUAUUUUGUUACAUGAUGCUUGCUUAUUAAUGGUAACUAUCCAUCGGUUAUAUACUUAAUGCAUUCCCUUUGAGACAUAUUAUCCACUGCCAUUAAACAGCUUUGAUUUCAUAUAUUUCAUUAGUGAUAAGGUAUGUGCAGCUAUUUUCAAGUGUGCAGGAGUAGAGGACUUUGUUCUAGAGUGCAAUAAUGUAGACCUGGGUAACCUGAAGAGGCCGUCCAGGGGUAAACAAAAACAACAACCUUAGCAGACACACUGAAGCUGGGUUAGUAAAUGCUUAAGUCCAUCAGCCUCUCAGUGCAGUGUAUAAUGUGGUAUAUGCCUCCAGUGUGUCGCAACAGUUUAGCUUAGUCCACUGUGUAAUGUGAAAAGGCUUACUGUAUUCUUUAAGAAGGAUGUUUUUUCUUUGUUUAUUAAGAUUCACAAAAUAAACAUCCAAACACUUGAGAA